UUCUGCUGCACGGGUUUGAGGAGCACUGCAAGUUUGCUGUGGUCUGGCGGCAGUAGGAUGGUUAUCGUGGAUGUAUUAUAUUCUUGCUGUAUGAAUGUGAGGCUGUAAUGUGAGAUCUAUCUUAAUAACACACAGGAGGUUUUGCACAGAUCUCUCCUGCACUGCUCCUCAAUCUGACUGCCCACGUGAGGACACAAAGUAGGCGCAGUGCUCCACUGGACAUGGAGAUGGUCGACGUUUGGUGGAACAUGAGGCUGGAUGUCUUGUUGGGUUGUUGACUAUUGAAACUGCAGGGCGUUGGAUGCGUACUCAACCCACCUGAACAUCCGCUGCCAUCCAGUACUGCGAGUUUGAUCUCCAGGAUGACUGUGGUGGUUGCUGGAGAUAAUAUGGACGAGACAUCCUCCACUCUGCAGGGGCAUCCACAGGACUCACAGUAUUCCCCCGAGUGCUGCGAGCGAGUUGUUAUCAACAUCUCAGGGCUGCGCUUUGAGACACAACUCAAGACGCUCGCCCAGUUCCCCGACACACUACUGGGCAACCCCAAGAAAAGGAUGGGCUACUUUGACCCUUUAAGGAACGAGUACUUCUUUGACAGAAACCGUCCGAGCUUUGAUGCGAUCCUCUACUACUACCAGUCAGGGGGAAGGUUAAGAAGACCCGUCAAUGUACCUUUGGAUAUGUUCUCAGAGGAAAUUAAGUUCUAUGAGCUUGGAGAAGAAGCUAUGGAAAAAUUCAGAGAGGAUGAGGGCUUUAUUCGUGAGGAAGAACGUCCCCUGCCGGAGAACGAGUUUCAGAGACAGAUUUGGCUGCUAUUUGAGCAUCCCGAGAGCUCGGGCCCUGCCAGAGGGAUCGCGAUAGUGUCCGUCAUGGUUAUUCUCAUUUCUAUUGUGAUAUUUUGCUUGGAGACUUUACCAGAGUUGAAGGAGGAUCCACAUGGACGGCUCCAGGUGAUAGGCAACAGCACGUUCUACUUCAAACCAAAUAUUCUUACCGAUCCGUUUUUUGUCGUGGAGACACUCUGCAUCAUCUGGUUUUCUUUUGAGUUGAUUGUCCGUUUCUUCGCUUGCCCAAGUAAACCUGCCUUCUUCAAAAACAUGAUGAACACGAUCGAUGUGGUGUCCAUCAUUCCAUAUUUCAUAACGCUCGGAACAGAGAUGGCGGAGGACCCCGAGGGUGGAAAGGAGGCAAAGGGUGGAGGAGAGCAGGCCACAUCUCUGGCCAUUCUCAGGGUUAUCCGCUUGGUCAGGGUGUUUCGGAUAUUUAAGCUGUCCAGACACUCCAAGGGGCUUCAGAUCUUGGGCCAGACUUUGAAAGCCAGCAUGCGCGAGCUGGGUCUUCUUAUCUUUUUUCUUUUCAUCGGCGUCAUCUUGUUUUCCAGUGCAGUGUUUUUCGCUGAGGCUGAGGAAAAGGAUUCCUUCUUCACAAGUAUCCCAGACGCCUUUUGGUGGGCGGUGGUUUCGAUGACAACCGUGGGGUAUGGAGACAUGUACCCCGUUACUAUUGGGGGCAAGAUAGUAGGCUCUCUAUGUGCCAUUGCCGGUGUGCUAACGAUCGCGCUUCCAGUGCCUGUGAUUGUGUCCAACUUUAACUAUUUCUAUCACAGGGAAACCGAAGGUGAUGAACAGGCACAGCUCCUCACGGUGAGCAAUCCGAACAUUGCGUCCGAUUCUAACUCCAGUCGUCGCAGCUCGUCUGUCGUCAGCAAGUCAGAAUACAUGGAGAUUGACGACGACCUCAAUAACAGCAUUGAUAAUUUUCGCGAGGCGAACCUGCGAACUGGGAACUGCACAGUUGUGAAUCAGAAUUGUGUAAAUAAGGGCAAGCGUCUCACAGAUGUAUAGUUUUCCUAUGUCGUUCUAGGCCAUUAUAGGACGCCCCCGGCUGUAUAUAGUGUACUCUAUUCAUAUUUCAGAGUGCUUUAACAAGGCCUCUGAUAAUGUGUUAUUUCAUUGCGUAUGUUUUAUCUCAAGUCCACGAGAGUUGCUUUGAUUCUGUCCGAAGAACGGUAGUCUAAAUCUGCCUAUGGAUACCAAAUAUUAAAUAAUUAAAAGACAGAAUAACUAUUAUAUGUACUUGGGUUAGAGUACUUGCAUAUGUAAAUGACUUUACAUUUUGCAAUGCACCUUAUCCCAAAAAAUGAUCAGUUAUUCAGUGACAGUGACAGAAGAACUAAUACUUUCUUGUACCAUAUGUUGACCAUUUAUUUAUUUGCUCAUUGUAGGUUAUUGUAAACCAUAUACAAACUGAAUGUUGAUUAAUUAUGCAGAUCAUGGCAUGUUUCAUGAAAUGUUGAGGUCUGUUUGAUAUGGUACUAUGUAUCCUGCUUUAAUUAAUACAUGACAUCAAUACGAACUUUAUCACGUAUAGCCAAGCCGACAGUAUAACUCUACUGAAUUACAACCACUGCCCACUAAAAGCACAAUUUUCUUUAACAUCUUUAAAAACAAAGUAUUUAAAAUCAG